GACUUGGUCAACAUUCUUCCUAGCAUCCUUCCAUCGCCGCCGAGUCUCUCCUCUUUGAAUCUCCACGUGCAUGCGAUAAUCCUAUAGAUACCACCGAAAUAAUAAAGAGACGGGAAGACAUGGCACCAAAACCGGGUUCGGCCAAGCCAAAGGCCUUUUCAGGCAAAGACUCGAAGAAGGGCAAGCCACUCUCCUCCGCAUCGAAAGUGAGCAAGAAAGCCGGCAAGCGUCCGCCGCCACAGGAAGUUAAGUCAAAGGCGCGCACCGAAGCGAGCCAGCUGAAGAAGACGAAGAAGAGAGAAUAUACAGAGGCAGAAUUGGACUUGCCGAAGUUGAACACAAUCACACCUGUUGGGGUGGUGAAGCCCAAAGGGAAGAAGAAGGGAAAGGUUUUUGUUGACGAUGAGGAGGGAAUGGCUACGAUCCUUGCAAUGGUAAAUGCCGAGAAAGAAGGGCAGAUUGAGUCCAAGAUGCAGAAGGCCCGCCAGUUAGAGGAGAUCCGAGAAGCGAAGCGAAAGGAAGCCGAAGCUCGACAGGCUCAAAAGAAAAAUAAACUGGAAGAGACCAAGGCAGCGAUCCGUCAAAAACGGAAGCGCAGGGGCGAUGGCAAUGAAGACGUGAAAGCCGGCACUGCUGCUACUCAAACUAACGGAUCGUCUUCGAAGUCUAAAGGGAAGAGGAAAAGUGUUUCAUUUGCUUGAGAUGUUUGUACAAAAGUAUUUCUGUCUAUACCAAGUCUAUGUAUCUAGAUGGGGUUUGGCGUUUCCACCGGUCUAUGCUUUGACAUGAAUGGCAACUCAUGACAAUCAUUCAUGCAUCAUCAUAAUUUGCACCACUAAGCAAUGGCCUCAAGUGGCAAUUGAACGAUUGCUAAGUAAGCCUAGUUUAGGGGUGCAGGCUGCAAAUCCAGUUUGCGACGCAUGGGACUAAAAUCUGGCUUUAAUACUGAGGUAUGGCUCGCGACGUUUCCAGGAACCUUGUCGGGAUUCUCGACU